UCAAGCUGCUGCUGAAGUUAAGCUUUGUGAAGAAUUAGUUCUGAUCUGGUUUUGAGUGCUGGAGUUGGGGGAAAAUGGAGAGAAGAUAUCUGUUUGCUUGAUUCCACAUGACAACUCCAGGGUAACUGAAUAGACUGUACGGUUGGUUUGACAAGGCUGUGCACCGAGCCAGCAGCCUCGCAUACCAGAGACAGGGGGAUGGAAGGGGGACUGACAACUGUAAUGGAUUUUAUCAGAAUCUCUCUAAAGAGCGACAGUUUGCCUUCAAUUAUUAAUGUUUUUCAGAGCUUUCUCUUCUGAGAGUGUCUUUCAUCUAAGGCAUCCAAAGCACUUCAUACAAUCCAGUGUAUUAAGCAUGGCAACAUGUCUGCGGGAUUGUGGCCAAAGAAGUCUUGAAAUAUGCCCCAGAUUUAGUCUUCAUAUUAAAUUGAUCGCUACUCCAAAAGAUUGUUUUCGUUCUGUCCUCAUCUGAGUCAUUCGUGCGCAUGGUGCAUUCAGAGGUCUGGCGGAGUGGCAGCAAACGCAGCCAUGCAUCACCUGUUUGGGCUGGUUUUGGCACAAAAGGACCUUUCACGUGCAGGGGAUCUUUUCUCCUUAGAGGAUGCUGAAAUUGAAGCAAGCCUCUCGGAAGCUCUUGAACAAAUAAGAAUAAUUAGUUCAUCUGCGGACUACCAGACCAAUGACAAUGACCAGGCUGUGGUGGAAAUCUGCAUCACCCGCAUCACCACUGCCAUCAGGGAGACAGCGUCCAUUGAAAAGCACGGGAAAGCCCUCGUGGCUCUCUGGGAGUCGUGCCUGGAACACAACCUGAAGCCCUCUGGAAAAGAUGAGGACACACCACAUGCAAAAAUUGCAUCCGAUAUCAUGAGCUGUAUCUUGCAGAAUUACAAUCGACCUCCAGUAAUGGCCUUAGCUGUCCCAGUGGCGGUGAAAUUUCUUCAGAGGGGCAAUAAGGAACUGUGCAGAAACAUGUCAAGUUAUCUAUCCUUGGCUGCGAUUGCUAAAGCAGAUCUGCUGGCUGAUCACACGGACGCCAUUGUCAAAAGUGUCCUUCAAGGGAACUCCAUGCUGCUGCGUGUCCUGCCUGCUCUGUACGAGAAGCGACCGCAGCCGAUAAACCUCCGUCUGCGGGAGCUGGUGGCACUGCUGGCUCAGCUGGACCAAGCCGAACACCACCACCUCCUCAGGCUCCUCCAGAGCGUGGCUAGGAGAAAAGAACUGGAGGUGCUGAAAGAGUGUAUUCCACUUCUAUUUGGACAUUUGAGAGACCCUAACCACAGUGACAUUAUUCUAAACAUACUUGUAGAAAUAUCUGGCUAUGAACCAACAGCCUUAGCCACUUUUCUUCCGACGCUGAAAGAAAUUGGUGAGAGUUUUCCAAGCUUGAUUGGGCAAACGGCAAAGAUCUUUGGAGCUGUUGGACACGUUGAUGAAGAGCGAGCCAGAAUAUGCCUGAUGUAUUUGGUGAACCAGCUGGCCAACAUGGAGCACUCAUUUCACCAUAUUCUUUUGCUGGAAAUUAAGAGUCUCACUGACACCUUCUCCAGCAUCUUGGGCACCCAGAGCAGAGAUAUCUACCGCAUGAGCAACAGUUUCUCUGCCAUAGCCAAGCUCCUCGUCCGACAGCUAGAGAACGACAAUGCGUCAGCAGCCAGGUUGGAAAAUGAUGCUGAAACAGAAUCUCCUGUACCACUGGAUGAUUUAAAAUCUGUUAUGAAUGGAAAUGAAGAAGAUGAAAAGCUUCAAGUUAAAAUACAGGCUUUUGAAGAGAAAAUAAAUGUCGACAACAGUACUCCUGGCUCAGUGCGGAGAUACAGUUUAGGCCAGGUUUCUAAAGAAGAAAGGAAGGAUAUGAGAUUUAACAGGUCCAAAAGCCUCGCUUUGCAUGCAGUCCGCAUGAAGGGGGUAAACUCAGAGAGUGGACAGGACGAGGAGAAUGGGGAGAUAACCACCGGUAUCUCCUUCACCGAGAUCUACGUUAGCCAAGAAAAUGACAAAUUGCCUUUUGGUGUCGAUGCUGAAGCAAUGCAACUGGGAAAUUCUUUGGUUUCACACCAAAGUAUCGAUUACACAGAAUCAGCAAAUUUGCCAGAAUCUACUAAAGAAAAGGCCCUCAAAGGGAGCGCAGAGGCAGCGACGAGCCCCGUGGAAUACCAGGACAAGCUCUACUUGCACUUGAAGGAAAACCUGGGUAAAGUGAAAGCAUAUGUCACGGAGAUGGGGAGGAAAAUUCCUAUCCCCGAUCAGUGUGUUAUUGAAGCGUACGCUGGGCAGGAUUUCCGCUGCCUCGGUGUGGCUGGUGUCCCAGCGAUUACGAACAAGAGCCCGUGUUCAAGAUCCCCGCAUUGCGUUUGCUCUUCCUCCACUGGCUGCAGUAGGUGCUCUCUGAACGGUCCUUCAGCCUUUCUGCUUUUCGAGGUCUGGUGUGCCCUCCUGGGGAGGUGGGGCUGGCGAUGGUUUGGGUAGGUUGCUUCGAAAGGCUCAGGGGAGAGAUGAGAUUCCUGUUUUACCUGGUUUAGCCCCAAUUACCCCCAUGUGCAGCACAGGGCUCUUGAGCAGCUGGCAGGCUCCACCUGCUCUGGCCUCGCUGGGUCUCACCUUGAACCCUGCGUGCUGGACGAUUUUUGACUUAUUCUUGUUUCCCAGACACGUAGGGAUGGUGGAUCGAAUGUACGGCAGUGUGUAUCGUGCCUCUGGGAGUGGCUGGUGUCAGAUGGUUCCCAGGCACGAGCCUGUACAGCUGCUGGAUUUGGUUAUAACUUGAGGGCAGGUCCUUGUUUUCCACUCCAGUUCUACUUGCUCUUCAGAUAAUUGGGAUAAAGAUGCCACCAUUAAUGCCUACAGGUCAGAGCACUGAGUGUCAAGUGAGCUGUCGGAAAGAAAGCAUUUGAUAAUACAUGUGUGUAGAGGAUACCGAGGGAUUUGCACAUUUCCAGCCUGCCUAGCCCCCUUUUUAAAAGGACAGAGCCCAGGGAGAUCUCGUGAAUCAUUCAAUCCUUGGUCACUGAAGCCACAUUCAAAAUGCAACGCCAUCCUAUAAAAAAUAGUAUAACCAUUCUAUAGCAGUAAGUCACUGCUGGUUCCUUGGUGCCCUACAGGAAGAAAUACAAACAGCAAACAUUUUAUGGGACUAAUGACAGAAUGCUGAAAAGGGAGGAGGCGACAGGGGAAACAGGUUGCAGUACACUGGCCCUAAAUCUGGUUGUUGUUAUGUUUUAUGCUGUACUGAGAGAUAAUCGGUACCAUAUGAUGGUGUAGAUGGAAAAGCUCAUUGCUCCCCUGCAGUGCUCACCCCUGCACCGGUCUGAUAAAUUCCAGCAUUCCAUAAGCCAAAUGUUGAUUUGGAACAGAUGGACCUCUGCUCCUUCAGUGGGACCACAAAGUUGCGUAGGCUCAGGCCAGCAUUUCCAGAGAUCAACUCUGCUGCUGCUAGGCAAAAAAAAAAAAAAAAAAAAUAAUUGGCAUUUUCUUCUACAUGACUGUUAUUUCAAAUGGCUCCCAAAUGUGAGGGCUGGCAGUGAGGAUGGAAGUGCUAACUCACGGGAUGGCCAUCGCGCUGAUCUGCGUCAUCAGACUGCAGAGAAACUCCCAGGGCAAUGGGGAGCGCAACAGGAACACGAGCGUGGUUAUAACUUGCUGCCCUCGUGUACGUGGUAAUAGCAAAUCACUUGUGCUUUACACCGAGUCUGGGAGCAUCAGUUUAAACAGGCUUUACCUGGUAGCUGGGAGAUUCCUGGUGGGUUGGUGUUACCACUCUCCUGGGGGAAAAGCCAAACCAGAGGGCUUCUGAGCUUCUGGGCUGGACCAGGACAAACUUAAGGGUUUCUCCAGGAGUUGCCCAUGCCUGCUGUGCAGGCAGGGUGAGCCAGCAGCCCUCUGCCAGGCUGGGGGUGCUGGGCAGAGGCGGCCGAGGGACGUGGCUGGGACACGGAGGAGCCAGGCGGCGGCAGGACUGGGAUGUUUUCCCAGGACCCCGCUUUCCUGUGCGCCUCGUGGGCUCUUUGCACGUCAGCCAUCGGUACAGGCAGCGGGAAGGUAAAUGCACUUUUGCUUCUAGAGAUGGGACAACGUGGCAGAGAGACUUUACUGUUGUACCUUCCCGAAGGACGUAGGCUUUUCAUUGCCCUGAUGGUAAAAGGGAGGAAGAUAGCGAGUUUUAUAAAGUUAAUCUGCAUGUUCUCAGACAUGUCUUCUGCCACUCAGAUUUGGACUCUCUCUUUUGAGUUCAUUGUAGUGGCUGUCCAGCCCCCAUUAUAGUCAUGCCUUCUCCAUUAAUUUUUCUGUAACUUACUGGAGGCGAAAUCUGUUGGACUGAGUUACGGCGUGCAUGCAAAGCUAGUAGUGUUAAAAAAACAACAUAAAUCAGCGUUUCUUGAAGCUGGUUGCUUUAAAAAUUAACCUUUUCUCCCAUAAACAUAUUUAUUGUUUGCAAUCCAAACUGAAGAGAUCUGGCAAAGGAAACUGAGGAAGCUGAAAAAGGCUUAAAACUGAAAUUUAAGAUGUUGUAUCCAUUUCUUAUUCCCUGGUUUCAUGUUUAUGGGUGGGUUUGAUUCUAUUUGGGACAUUUAUGAGCAUACUUUUACUCCUAUUAACAGAUUUUAUUUAAUAGUAAAGGAUUACCAAUGUAAAUCAAAUAAUGCAUUAAUUGUUCCCAGAACCAGUGACUCUGUACCUACUUGCCUCUGUCCCUCCUGGUUUAGCCCAGCAUGUUAAGCUGGAAUAAACAACAAUUAACAACUCCACUGACAUUCUUCUCUUUAUAUUUUGUUCUUUUUCCCCAGGCACAACCACUUAGUAGUGAACUUUAAUAUUGCAACAUAUAUUCUCUUGUUUCCUGUAGGAAAAACAAGCUGUUGCUUAUUCCCUGCCUAGAAGUUUGAGACUUGCCAGCAGAUGUGAUGAGGAAUGUUUCUUGACUGGAGGAGCGGUUCCUUGGGAUCUUGAUCAGUCUCUGCCAUGUGGGGCAUUUGGU